AUGCAAGAAUCUACUACCACCAAUUACGAGAUAGCAAAAAGACCAACCGACCGUUUGAAAACCGUAAAUACUGUAAAACUUCAGUUAAACUUUUAUAGAGUUAUUAUUAAGAAAAAAGUUACAAUUCAUUAUUACUCGUUUGACGUAUUUGAAACAACUAGAAAACCGGCGGGCAAAAAGGCUUCGAGAAAAGUCUACGAGUAUAUUAGGGCAAAUGAAUUUUUUGGAAGUAAUAUUAUAUCGUUUUAUGAUGGCGGGCCAAUUUACUCUACUCGACAAUUUGAAUUUGAUCACGAAGAUAAAGACCUCAUUGUCAAUCUUCCCGCUGAAGUUGAAGGAGGAAGAAAUAAAAGUUAUCGAGUGAAAAUAAGAUAUCAAGGAGAAACUGAUUUAGGAGAAAUUGUGGAUUUCACUUCUUUAAAUUCAAAUACAAAAUGGAAUAGCAAAGUUCAAUCCAGCCUUUCAUUAUUGAACGCAGCUCUAAAUUAUAUGCCCAAAUCAAUAUAUUUAUCACAAGGAAGAAGAUCAAUCUAUCCUGAUUUACCACAAUUUGAAGGGGUAAAAAUUCCUGGUGGAUUCUUGUUGAAGACAGGAAUUCAACAAGCUCUUAGACCUGGAUGGAGUAAAUAA